GAAAAGGAAAUUGUAGGCAGCAAAAACACGGGCCACGCGAAAAUGGCACACUUCCAUGGAUCUGUGAGAUCUGUUGCUGCUUGAAAUAUUCGAUUCGGCUCUCCAAUUGCAUCAGAAUGCUCUACUCUCAGAUCUCAUUCCAUUCUGAAUCCAGUUCCUAUGUCUAUUAAGCUAGAUCUGGAACUCAGACCAAGGAAUCGACGGUGAAAAGAUGUAUAUGGCAUACGGAUGGCCGCAGGUGAUCCCCCUGGAACAGGGAUCCUGUCCUUCCUCGCAGCGGAUCGUUUACCUGAAAGUCAUCAACCGCCUCUUGCUCGUCGUCUUGCCGUCUCAUAUCGAGCUCUGGAGCUCAUCGCAGCAUAGAGUGAGGUUGGGCAAGUACAAGAGGGAUGCUGAUUCGGUGAAAAGAGAGGGUGAGAAUUUGCAAGCCGCGUGGAGUCCUGAUGCCAAAUUGAUCGCCGUUCUUACAUCAUCUUUCUUUCUUCACAUUUUCAAGAUCCAGUUCAUAGAGAAAAAAAUACAGGUAGGAGGGAAGCAACCCUCUGGUCUGUUUCUUGCAACUAUAACUCGUGUUCUGAAUGAGCAAGUCCCUUUUGCUGAAAAGGAUUUGACAUUGAGCAAUAUCAUCUGCGAUAGCAAACACAUGCUACUUGGUCUGUCCAAUGGGUCUUUAUACAGUAUCUCUUGGAAAGGAGAGUUCUGUGGGGCUUUUGAACUUGAUCCCUUUCCAUGUGAUAGCAGUGAAGUCAUUGCAUCAUCGAAUUUUAUGGGUAAUGGUGUUGCUUCUGGAGAGGAGCCUUCAGGAGAUUUUGCCUCCAAUCAUAGAAACUCCAGAAAGUCUGCUAUAAUCCAGCUGGAGCUUUGCAUUCCAAUGAGGUUACUUGUAGUGCUAUAUUCUGAUGGAUAUCUGGUUUUAUGCUCUGUGAGCAAGAAAGGUUUAAAGCAACUUGAAUCAAUUAAGGCUGAGAAAAGUUUGGGUUCUGGUGAUGCUGUAUGUACUUCCAUUGCUUCAGAUCAGCAAAUUCUUGCAGUUGGUACCAGUAGAGGAGUUGUUGAGUUGUAUGACCUAGCAGAAUCAGCAUCACUUAUUCGUACUGUUUCUUUGUCUGACUGGGGAUACACAAUGGAUGACACUGGUUCUGUAAAUUGUAUUGCAUGGACACCUGAUAAUGCUGCUUUUGCAGUAGGGUGGAAGUUAAGGGGACUUACAGUUUGGUCGGUUUCUGGAUGUCGUUUGAUGUCGACAAUCCGUCAAAUUGGUUUGGGUUCUGUUUCUUCUCCAGUAGUUAAGCCAAGCCAGGAUUGUAAAUAUGAACCAUUGAUGGGUGGUACCUCACUAAUGCAGUGGGAUGAAUAUGGGUAUAGGCUCUAUGCUAGUGAAGAAGGAUGCUUGGAGAGAAUUCUUGCAUUUUCUUUUGGUAAGUGUUGCCUAAGUAGAGGAGUAUCAGGCACAACAUAUGUCCGUCAAGUCAUUUAUGGUGAGGACAGGUUGCUUGUUGUGCAGUCUGAAGAUACUGAUGAACUUAAAAUGCUACACCUAAACCUUCCAGUUUCCUAUAUCUCCCAAAACUGGCCUGUUCAACACGUGGCAGCAAGCAAGGAUGGGAUGUACUUAGCAGUUGCUGGUCUUCAUGGGUUAAUUUUAUAUGAUAUACGGGUGAAGAAGUGGCGAGUAUUUGGAGAUAUUACUCAGGAGCAAAAGAUUCAGUGCAAGGGUUUGUUAUGGCUUGGGAAGAUUGUUGUUGUUUGCAACUAUAUUGAUUCUUCUAACACGUAUGAGUUGCUUUUCUACCCAAGAUAUCAUCUUGACCAGAGCUCGCUACUCUGUCGGAAACCAUUGCUUGCGAAGCCAUUAGUGAUGGAUGUCUAUCAAGAUUAUAUACUGGUCACUUAUCACCCUUUUGAUGUCCACAUAUUCCAUGUCAAAUUAUUUGGUGAAUUGACACCUUCUAGUACUCCAGAUCUACAGCUUUCUACAGUACGAGAACUGUCAAUCAUGACAGCGAAGAGCCAUCCUGCAGCAAUGCGUUUUAUUCCUGAUCAAAUACCAAGAGAUGGCGCCCCAGAGAAUCACAUUUCAUCCCCAGAAUUGCUAGUUGGAGAGCCUGCAAGAUGUUUGAUAUUGAGAACAAAUGGAGAGCUUUCGCUUCUUGAUUUGGAUGAUGGAAGAGAGAGGGAGCUUACUGAUUCUGUGGAGUUAUUUUGGGUAACUUGUGGUCAAUCAGAGGAGAAAACAAAUCUAAUUGAUGAUGUCUCUUGGUUGGACUAUGGUCAUCGAGGAAUGCAGGUUUGGUAUCCAUCUCCAGGUGUUGAUCCAUUUAAGCAGGAGGAUUUCUUGCAGUUGGAUCCGGAGCUUGAAUUUGAUCGUGAAGUGUAUCCUUUGGGGCUUCUCCCAAAUGCUGGUGUUGUUGUUGGUGUUUCUCAAAGAAUGUCAUUUUCAGCAUCCACUGAGUUUCCAUGUUUUGAGCCAACUCCUCAAGCUCAAACUAUAUUGCAUUGCCUACUUAGACACCUCCUUCAGAGGGACAAAAGUGAGGAGGCUGUACAGUUGGCCCAAUUAUCAGCAGAAAAGCCUCACUUUUCACAUUGCAUGGAGUGGCUGCUUUUCACUGUUUUUGAUGCUGAGAUUUCAAGGCGAAAUAUAAACAAGAAUCAGAACUCAGUAUCCAAACAUUCUACUAAUGUCUCUCUUUUGGAGAAGACCUGUGAUCUGAUCAGAAAUUUUCCGGAGUACGUUGAUGUGGUUGUAAGUGUUGCAAGAAAAACUGAUGGCCGGCACUGGUCACAUUUGUUCUCUGCUGCUGGAAGAUCAACAGAGUUGUUUGAGGACUGCUUUCAGAGGAGAUGGUAUCGCACUGCAGCUUGUUAUAUACUUGUAAUUGCUAAACUUGAAGGUCCUGCUGUCAGUCAGUAUUGUGCUUUGCGUUUGUUGCAGGCAACACUUGAUGAAUCCUUAUAUGAACUUGCUGGAGAGCUGGUGAGGUUCUUGAUGAGAUCUGGAAGAGAAUAUGAACAAGCGUCUACUGAUUCAGACAAACCACAAUCUCCUAGAUUUCUGGGCUAUCUUCUUUUUGGUUCUACUUACAAGAGGCCAUCCCUGGAUAAAAGCACUUCACUGAAGGAGCAGAGUGCCCACAUUGCUUCUGUCAAGAACAUAUUAGAAAAUCAUGCCAGCUAUUUGAUGUCAGGGAAAGAACUUUCCAAGCUUGUUGCAUUUGUCAAGGGCACUCAGUUUGAUUUGGUGGAGUAUCUUCAACGAGAAAGAUAUGGUAGUGCUCGGCUGGAGAAUUUUGCAUCAGGGCUUGAACUGAUAGGGCAAAAGCUUCAAAUGGGUACACUACAGAGCCGGCUUGAUGCAGAAUUCCUCUUGGCUCAUAUGUGUUCUGUCAAGUUCAAGGAAUGGAUAGUUGUCCUGGCCACUCUUUUGAGACGUUCUGAGGUUCUUUUUGAUCUUUUCCGGCAUGAUGCGCGGUUAUGGAAGGCAUAUGGCAUGACCUUACAGUCACAUCCUUCAUUUGCGGAAUACCAAGAUUUGCUUGAUGUCUUGGAAGAGAAACUUUCUUCUGUUGCGAGUUCGGAAGAUCAAUGAAAUGAGACGAUGCUAUGGAUCUUCUAGGUGACAUUACGAUGCCUCAGGCAAAUACAUCUGUUGAGGCAUGCCUCUUUACCGCGAACAGAUUUCAGUAAAAAACCCAUCAGCGACCCAGCGUCUGUUUAAUUAAUCAGUCAAGAGACUCAAGUGGAAGAUAGACGCUGGAGAUCGAGGCAUGCAAAUCAUUAGCCAUUAAACCGUUAGAAUCACUGAAAUUGUUCUUUGUAGAUAAGGAAGCCAAGCUUUUUAGGAUCGGGCAGAGACAUGUAUUUCAGAGGUACUUUUCUGACAGUUUUCAAAACAUAUUGUAUAAUGGGUUUUUGGCUGUAUAAAUUACUAGCUGUUAAUAAAGUAGUUUGUCCAAAAAAACUUUAUGGUGGACUUUAGAAUUUAGAGAUUUUUUAGUACUCAAGUAAAUUUUAUUUUUAUUU